AUGUUUGCUCCCGAAAAUGAGCUAGUCCCCGAAAAUGGACUUAAAAUGAUUUCUCAAACAGAAAGAGGGGCAUUCAACCAUCUCACAGCAAAUGUGCCCCCGAAAAUGGGCUUGUUUAAGCUGCUAAAAGAAAAGUAGUAAGUAGAGAAAAAUUUUGCCCCAAAAAAGGGGCCCAAAAAGCCUGAAAUAAAAUGUGUUAGUAGCACCUAACUUCCUUCUGGAAAAGAAAAUUUUGUGUUAGUGAUGUUCUGUUAAUUGUAAUUUGUAGCUAAUCUAUUAGGAGAAUGACACAAACACAGAUUUUUGUGAUUUUAUUUUUUUGAAAAGAUUACAUUAAUCCUUAGAUAAAUUAUAAUAAUUGAGGGUGGGAUGCGCUUUCCUAAAUGAAAAAUUUAGCAUCUGCAGAAACCUCAAGUGUUCUUGUGUCAGUAAAUGUUGACAUCCCGAUAAGAACACUCAUGGUGCCCCAGAUGGUCUAGAAGGGUGGCUAGCUAACGAGUCAAGGUCGUUACCAAGCCAUUAUAAAAUAAAUUGGAUGCCAUUUGGUGUUGAAAUCAAAAGCCGAAGUGAUAGCCGAAGUGAUAGCCGAAGUGAAUUUUCGAGCCGAAAGCCGAACUUGGAGAAGAAAAUAAAACCCACCCACCUGGUGACAUCUCGGAGACCUUGCCCUACCUUUAUAAGGGUUGGUUGCUGUACACAUCAGGCUGGGAUGUUGAGUGAAGAGUUGAUUUUGCCAAAUUUGGUGACAGCUUGUAAGCUGACUUGUCAAACGAAUUGGCUUAAUGUAUGGUUCAAAAGCUGAUUUUGAUUCAGGGCCAUUUCUUGAAACUAUAUUACGAUGUCUCCUUUCCAUUGUGACUCCUUUUUCUGCUCUCAGAUGUUAAUUGAUGUAUCAUAUUUUUGACAUUCAUUGGCCCAUAAUUUGGAGUGACAGCUGCUAUGCUGUCAAAAUAUAGCUGAUAAUUAGCCUAGUUUAUUUUCUUUGUGACCUAAGCUGGUGUGUGCAGUUACUAUUUCCCACUAAAUGAAGCCUCAACAAGCGGCUUCAACUGGAGUUAAACUGUUAAACAUGAUAGAAGUAGCAAAUGAGCACACUUCCCAGUUGAAUGGCUUAACUUCUCCAGUUAAAUGACCUAAUUAAUGUCUGGUUGAACCUUUGACCAAAAUGGUUUGCCGCAGUAAUAUUUUGGUUAAAUUUGGUAAGAAAUGCUUCACUAGAUUGCAGUUCAUGAAAGUGCUGCUAUCAGGUGAAACAUUAUGAAAUUGUUUUUUUUUUAGGCGCAACUAAGCAGGGAGCUCCAGCAUGGAGGAAUUGGUGUUGGUUUCCAUGGUUGAAGAGCCAUUGUAGUCUUGAAGGAUGUGUGCAGUUGAUCCAGUCUUGAUGUAGAAUCAAAGCUGAAGUUCCGAAAGAAAAAACCUUAAGCCGAAACCUAACCAAAGCCGAAAAUACCUGAAAAGGAACCCAAUUAAAAUUAAGGGUUGGAAAAAAGGGAGGCCCAGCCAAUCCCAGGGGACCCAACUAACUAAACUAACUACAUUAAAUUAAGCCGAAUGAGAAGUUCACAGACUUCUGUCGGAAAUUUGAAAUAAGGUUCAAUCAGCGUACUAUGUAGUAGUCCCUCUUGCCCAACCUACAAGGAAUUGUCUGACCUGUUGUGUUUGUCUUCCAUCAGAGUCUUCUUACUGACUCGUUCCCAGGUGAUCAUCAGAGUAAAUACAUGUAAUAAGAUGUAGCAGACAUUGGAAAGGAGUGAAGAGAAACUUGACAUGUGGUCUCAUCUUCCCAAACAGUCCAACUCCCCACAUCUUCAUGUUUUCCUCAUCAGAAUCAAACUGGGAGGAGUCAGUCUUGACUUGUGAUGUGUAAGUUGGGAAGCAGUUGGAGAAGGAAGGUGACUGGACUGGAGGAACUGGAAGUGGACCAUUUCCUGAGGACUAAGACAGGUAUGGUAAUUAACAGAUGUCAAUGCCAGGUGAAAAUUGAUAUAUUUUAUGACAUAGAAAACUUUAGUACAGUUGUUUUUUGAUUGCAAGAAUUUUUUUCAAACUUCAGCAAUGGAAGGGUGAGCUGCAGAGACAGUUUCAUGAUAAUUAAUUUGACCAACAGGACAAAAAAUUGUCACUCAGGAAUGUGUUUCCUAUGAGUAAAGGUCAUUCUGAAAACUGUACGAAUUUUGGGAAUUUGAAAACUUUUAAAAUUGUUGUUAAGAAUUCCUCAAGAAAUACUUUCAUUGGUGCACAAAUGGAAAUUUCACUGGAGUGUUCAAAACACUUUGUUGCAUGUACAGAGGCUGUCAAUUCACAUAAGAGGUUGUUGGAAUGCUGUAGUCAUCUACCCACCUAAGUCUGCUUGCCCAGUGUGGUUUCCAUGUGGCUGACAUAAUUAGAACCAUCCAAACAAAAAGAAAAUAAAAAACAACAAAACACAACAAGCAACAGAAAGCAAUGUGGAUUUGGAUGGAAGGAUGUGAUUGGUAGAUAAAGAAAGAGUGAGCACUUUGCUCAUAAGAUUGUGGGGAUCAGUGACUCAUACUCUCAUACAAGAUUCAGGUGAUGUGGCUAUGCAUGCAAAUACAUGUAGGUAUUAUAUGUCUCUUUGGCUCAUAUGGAUGAAACAUGGAAGCACUUUGUAAUAAGUGCUUUGAGAGAGAACAUUUUGGGAUGUAAAGUAGGUUUUGGAACCUUUACCAGGUCAAAUGCUGAGAAAGAGAAUGAUAGGAAACUGUGUUGCAGUUCUUAUGCUGAGAUCCAUAAUCGUAGAAGUGUCCUUUGAAAUUGUUUUAGGCCUUGUUAUGAAGAUCAAGCCAUAAUCAUAGAAGUGUCCUUUGAAAUUGUUUUAGGCCUUGUUAUAAAGAUCAAGCCCAAGAAACAAGUAAAAUUGUUGUCCACUUUGUGGAUAAGCAUUGUGGAUCAGGAUGAAAGCACAUGACUUGGAUUAAAAGAGAGAGCACUCUGCUAGCAAGAGAGUGGGGUUCAGUGACUCACUAUUAAACCAGACGCAGAUAUGCAUGGCUAUGUUUACAAAUUUCUAUUACAUGUCUCUUUGGCUCAGAGGGAUGAGACAUGGCAGCACCUAAAAAGAGGAGUGCUUGGAAUGUAAGGUAGGUUUAGAACUUGGUGAAGGCCUUUGUGAUGGUUGCUCAAGUUGGUAGUGGAGCUCUUGUCCACUUUGUGGAAAAUUAAAACAGCUCAAAAUGAAGUAUUUUGUUUACUGAGAAUGAGUUUAACCUCAUGAUCAAUUAGAGAGUGUUAAUGUGACAGUGUGGAACAUCAAUGUAAGGGAAAACUUUGCUUGAUGUAAUACCUGUGAUUGGCUUUAGCUGAUUGAUAUUCAGUGUUGAACAAUCACAUUGUUGUAUUGUAACCUUUCAUUUGGUUGUUGGGGAUAAAAGCUGAAGACAGGAUGUUGAGGAAGUCUGAUGGCUGUGUACUGAUUCCCAAGAACUUGUUCUUUUUUGUUUUUGUCUUUAAAUUCUCUACUAAAGGCUAAGUGGUGAAGAAUAUACUUAUAAGUGCUUGCUUCUGAGCCUCAGUCUGUUGUUCCUUUGUUAAGAACUCAUUUGAAGAACUAUAAAAAUAUCCAAGGUACUGGUUAAUGAAUCUGUAAACAUCUCAAGGCCUGAUCUCAGACAAAGUCUUUGUUUCUUGAUUCAGAGCUUAACUGGAUUAUCUUAUUCCUUUCAAAGGCCUCAGUUGUGUGGAAAAUACAUGUGCAUGCUAUGGAUGCUUGAGUGGAUUUUUUUUAUGGGACUGAUGUCUGCGAGUGUUGGCUCACUGUACUUAAGUUGGAAGCUCAUUUCUCUAUUUGCAUUAAGCUCUGUCAUCAGUUGCUCCCUUGAAAGUAAGCUACACAUAAUUAUGAGAACAUAAGAGAGAGCUCUUAAGCAAUUGAAUUUUAUUCUAUACUGGCAAAUAUAUAGGAGGCGGAAGUAAAGAUGGGAAUGCCAGAGAUGACAUAAACAUUAGGACACAAGGAUAGAGUUCAUCAUGGUGAAACUCAAGCAGACCAUGUUAGCAGUUACUAAGGGAGAUAACCUCAGACUCUGGAAACCUUGUCAGGGAAAGAGUUGCAGUUAGGAACAUAGGAGGAGCUACAUUGCAGGAAGUUCCAUAAUAUUUAAAUGUUGUUCCUUUUUGUAGGAGCCAAAUGAAACCACUGGGAACUCCAGUUACUUAGGGAGAUAACCUCAGACUCUGGAAACCUUGUUAGGGAAAGAGUUGCAGGUAGGAACAUAGGAAGAGCUACAUUGCAGGAAGUUCCAUAAUAUUCAAGUGUUGUUCCCUUUUGUAGAAGCCAAAUGAAACCACUGGAAACUCCAGGUUUUGCUUCGUAGCUUCAAGUCUUGUCUUCUCUAGGAAGUGAAGUUCAGGUCAACAUAAUCUAGUUCUUGCUUCUUAUCUUUUAAGUCUUGUCUGUCUUCCAAAGGAGUUGAAGAGAAAGACUAAAAUAUUCCAAGCUUUGCCCCUUAACUUCAAAUUUCCUCUGCCUUCUAGUGGAGCUGAAGUGAAGGACUAAACAUUCCAUUGAUUGCCUUGUAGCUUCAAGAGUUUUCUUCUUUAGGAGCUGAAAGGAAGGACUAAAUAUUCCUGUUUUUUUCCUCUUUGCUUCAAGUCUUAUUGUCUUUGUUACAAGCUGAAGUAAAGGUCUGAAUAUUCCAUAACUUGUCUGGUAGCUUCAAUUCUUGUUGUCUUCAAUAGAAAAUGAACUAAAGUAUGAAAUAGUCCAGUUCAUGUCUCUUAGCUUCAAUUUUUGAUGUCUUCUAUAGGAGCUGAAGUGAAGAACUUUGUCUCUUAACUUCAAGCAUUGUUGUCUUCCUUAGGAGCUGAAAUGAAGGUCUAAAUUUUUCCAGUUCUUGUCUCUUAGCUUCAAGUUUUGUUGUGUUCAUUAGGAGGUGAAGUGAAAGACUAAAUAUUCCAGUUUUUGCCUCUUAGCUUCAAGCAUUGUUGUCUUCUUUAGAAGCUCAAAUGAGGAACUGAAGAUUUCACUUCUUGUCUCUUAGCCUCAAGUUGUGUUUCAAUAAGAGCUGAAGGGAAGGACUGCAUUUUCCAGUUUUCUCUCAACUUCAAGUAUUGUUGUCUCCUAUAAUGGCUGACGUAAUUUUUCCAGUUCAUGCCUUGUAGCUUCAAGUGUUGCUGUCUUCUAUAGAAGCUGAAACAAGAGACAAAAGAUUCCACUUUGCUACACAGACAAGGACAUAAGAGAGAGCUCUUAAGCAAUGGAGUUGAAUUCCACACUGGCAAAGAUAUAGAAAGCUGAACUAAAUAAAGAACAUGAAGAUAGAGUCUAUCACAGUGAAACUCUAGCAGACCAUAGUUACAGUUAUCAAGGGAGAUAACCUCAGAUUCUUGGUAGGGAGAGAGUUGCAGGUAGGGAUAUAAGAGGAAGAGCUAGAUCCCAGGAAGUUCCAUAAAUUACUCUUGUAAUACUUUGGUGUCGUUCCCUCAGGUAGGAACCAAAUACAACAACUGGUAGAUUGAAGUUUUGCUGCUUAGCUUCAAGUCUUGUCUUUCAUCUAAAGGAGCUGAAGGUAGAGACUAAAUAUUCCAAGCUUUGCCUCUUAGCUUCAAAUCUGCUCUGUCUUCUAUUGGAGCUGAAGCAAAAUGCUAAACAUUCCAAUGAUUACUUAAUAGCUUCAAGAGUUUUCUUCUUUGGGAGCUGAUGGGAAAAACCAAAUAUUCCUGUUCCUCCUCUUUGCUCUAAGUCUUGUUUUCUUUGUUACAAGCUGAAAUAAAGGACUAAAUAUUCCAUUUCUUGCCUGGAAGCUUCAGUCUUGUUGUCUUCUUUAAAAAAUGAAGUAAAGGAGUAAAGAUUCCAAUUCUUGCCCUUCUGUUCUAGGUGCUGAAAGAAAGGAUUAUAUAUUGCAAGUCUUGCCUUGAAUAAUUAUUCCAGUUCUGGCUUCUUUGCUUUAAGCUUUGUUGUCUUCCAUAGGAGCUAAAAGAAAAGACUAAAGAUUCCAGUUCUUGCCGUGUAACCGCAAGUCUUGUUUGUCUUCAAUAGGAUAUGUUGUAAAGAACUCAAUAUUCUGGUUCUUGUCUUUCGACUUCAAAUAUUAUUAUAUUCUCUAGGAGCUGAAGUAAAGGACUAAAUAUUCCAGUUCUUGUCUCUUAGCUUCAAUUUUUGAUGUCUUCUAUAGGAGCUGAAGAUUCCAGUUCUUGUCUUUUAGCCUCGAUCUUAUUUGUCUUCUACAGGGCUGAAGUGAAGGACUUAAUAUUCCAAUUGUUGCCUCUUAGCUUCAAUUUUGUUUUUUUCUAUAGGAGCUGAAGUAAAGGACUAAAUAUUUCAAUUUCUGCCUCUUGGCUUCAGUUUUUGUUGUCUUCUAAAGAAUCUGAAAUAUAUUAAAGGACUAAAUGAAAUAAGGGACUGAAGAUUCCACUUCUUAAGUAUCUCUCGGCCUCAGGUUUUGUUUGUCUUCUCUAGGGCUGAAGUGAAGGACCUAAUAUUCCAGUUUUAGUUGUUUUGUUGUCUUCUAAAGCUGAAGUAAAGGACUAAAUAUUCCAGUUUCUGCCUCUUAGUUGCAUAUAUUAAAAGGACUAAAUGAAAUAAGGGACUGAAGAUUCCACUUCUUAAGUAUCUCUCAGCCUCAGGUUUUGUUUGUCUUCUCUAGAGCUGAAGUGAAGGACCUAAUAUUCCAGUUUCAGCUUCUUAGCUUCAAUUUUUGUUGUCUUCUAUAGGAGCUGAAGUAAAGGACUAAAUAUUCCAUUUUCUGCCUCUUAGUUUCAAGCAUUGUUGUCUUCUAUAGAAGUGGAAAUAAGGGACUGAAGAUUCCACUUCUUAAUUGUCUCUCAGCCCCAAGUUUUGUUUUUGUCUUCUCUAGGGCUGAAGUGAAGGACUUAAUAUUCCAGUUUCUGCCUCUUAGCUUCAAUUUUUGUUGUCUUCUUUAGGAGCUGAAGUAAAGGACUAAAUAUUCCUGUUUCUACCUCUUAGCUUCAAGCAUUGUUGUCUUCUAUAGGAGCUGAAAUGACUUCCACUUCUUGUCUCUUAGCCUCAAGUUUGGUUUGUCUUCUCUAGGGCUGAAGUGAAGGACUUGAUAUUCCAGUUUCUGUCUCUUAGCUUCAAUUUGUGUUGUUUUUUAAAGGAGCUGAAGUGAAAGACUAAAUAUUCGUUUCUCUUCCUAGUGUCAAGCAUUGUUGUCUUCCAUCGAGGCUGAAGUGAGGGACUUCUUGUCUCUUAGAUUCCAGUUUGGUUUGUCUCUCUAGGGCUCAAGUUUGGUUUGUAUUCUUUCUGUCUCUUAGCUUCAAUUUGUGUUGUUUUUUAAAGGAGCUGAAGUGAAGGACUAAAUAUUCGUUUCUCUUCCUAGUGUCAAGCAUUGUUGUCUUCCAUCCAGGCUGAAGUGAGGGACUGAAGAUUCCACUUCUUGUCUCUUAGCCUCAAGUUUGGUUUGUCUUCUCCAGGGGCUGAAGUGAAGGACUAAAUAACCCAGUUCUUGCUUCUUGGCUUUAAGUUUUGUUGCUGGAGUGAAGGACAAGGUGGAGGGUGGUGAUACAUGACUGACUUCACUUACUUGCAUUUGAUCCAGAUAACUGACUUGGUGUUUUUGUAGGUGCAGUAGCUGGCUUGAUGUGGGUAGUGAACAGCUGUUCUGUUGUAUCCAAGUUAACGAUUUUCUUUCCAGCUGGAAGUGCCUAGUAGGAUUUAAACUACACAAGGGUUAAGUAACAGAUUUCCUACAGCAGCUUUCCAAAUGCACUUGACCUUUUUGCAGAUGAUGGGCCCUAUUAUAUAAUUUGUUUUGUCCAAAAGAUAAAUGAUGGAGUCUCUGUUGAUGACUCAGUCACUGAAUUUGCUUUAGUGGCUUUAUGCCCCCAAAAAAGCUUGAAAUUUGGCUUUAUUGUAGAUAGAAUUUAUACUUCAGCAAUGUGUUCUGAAAAACUUGCUUUUUGUUCUAUGUCAAUUCACUUUUUACUCAAUUCACCCCUAUAGGGGGUGGAACGGUUUAAAAUCUGAAAUUUCUGUGAGCUGGUAAAAUUGUUAAAAUUUUUAUAAAUUUAUACUUUUGAUGUGUUUUACCUUAUUUUUCCACAGCCUUGUCGGUGUUGAUGAUCUCACUGAAGAGAUGACCUGAAAAGCCAAGUAUGUACGUUGUUAUGUUUACACACAAAGCGAACUUACCAGAUGAGCUUGAGAUGAAAAGGGUUCUUUUCUUUGCAUCUUUUUACUGGUCCAUGUGAUCAUGAGCUACAUCAUCUUUCCUGGAAUAUGUAAAGGUUAGUAUUUUCAUUUUUAUGAAAGUUGAAAUGUUUGCUCCCGAAAAUAAGCUAGUCCCCGAAAAUGGGCUUGUCCCCGAAAAUGGACUUGUCCCCGAAAAUGGACUUGUCCCCGAAAAUGGACUUGUCCCCGAAAAUGGACUUGUCCCCGAAAAUGGACUUGUCCCCGAAAAUGGACUUGAAAUGGUUUCUCAAUGGAAGGAAGGCGCCUUCAACCACCUCAUAGCGAAUGUGCCCCCGAAAAUAGGCUUGUUUCAGUUUCUGAAAUAAGAGUUGUAUGUAGUCCUGAAAUGUAGAUAUUUAUUUAGUAUAGUAUUUUUGCUUAAUGUUUAACUGAACAUUGAGAAAAUGACACAGACACACAGAAGUUUGUGGUUUUAUUGUUUUCGAAAGAUGCAAUUGACAUGCUUAGUGCUUGUAGGUGUAAUCAGUGUUAUUAGUCUUAAUGCAACUUUGCCCCCGAAAAUGGGCCUAAAAAAUCCUGAAAUAAAUGAUGUUAGUAGCACCUACCUUCCUUCUGAAAAAAAAUCUGGGGUUAAUAAUGUUAUAUUAAUAAAAUUUGAAGCGUAUUUGACAUUUAGGAAAAUAACACAAACACACAGAAUUUUGCGAUUUUAUUGUUUUUCUUCUUAAUAUUACAUGAAUCCUUAGUUAAUGAUAAGGGUGGGAUGCGCUUUCCUAAAUGAAAAAUUUAGCAUCUGUAGAAACCUCAAGUGUUUCUGUGUCAGUAAAUGUUGACACCCCGAUUAGAACACUCGUGGUGCCCCAGAUGAUGUGAGAGGGUGGCUAGCUAACGAGUCAAGGUCGUUACCAAGCCUUUAUACAAUAAAUUGGAUGCCACUUGGUGUUGAAAUCGAAAGCCGGAUUAAUAGCCGAAGUGAAUUUCAAGCCGAAAGCCGAACUCGGAAAAGAAAAUAAAACCCACCCACCUGGUGACGUCUCGGAGACCUUGCCCUACCUUUAUAAGGGUUGGUUGCUGUACACAUCAGGCUGGGAUGUUGAGUGAAGAAUUGAUUUUGCAAAAUUUGGUGACAGCUUGAAAGCUGACUUGUCAAAAGAAUUUGCUUAAUGUAUGUUUUAAAAGCAAGUAUUGAUUCUGGGCCAUUUCUUGAAACUCUCUCUUCUCUUCCUUGUGUUUCCUUGUUUGCUCCAUAAUGUUAAUUGAUGUGUCAUAUUUUUGACAUUCAUUGGCCCGUAAUUUGGAGGGACAGCUGUUUUGCUGUCAUAAUACAGCUGAUAAUUAGCCUAGUUUAUUUUCUUUGUGACCUAAGCUGAUGUGUGCAGUUACUAUUUCCCACUAAAUGAAGCCUCAACAAGCGGCUUCAACUGGAGUUAAACCGUUAAACAUGAUAGAAGUAGCAAAUGAGCACACUUCCCAGUUGAAUGACUUAACUUCUCCAGUUAAAUGACCUAAUUAAUAUCUGGUUGAACCUUUGGCCAAAAUGGUUUGCCGCAAUAAUAUUUUGGUUAAAUUUGGUAAGAAAUGCUUCACUAGAUUGCAGUUCAUGGAAGUGCUGCUAUCAGGUGAAACAUUAUAAAAUUGUUUUUUUUAGGCGCGACUAAGCAGGGAGAUCCAGCGCGGAAGAGUCGAUGUCGGUGUCCAUCGGUAAAGGGCCAUUGUAGUCCUGAAGGAUGUGUGUAGUGGAUCCAGUUUUGACGUAGAAUCAAGGCCGAAGUUGCCGUAAGAAAAAACCUUAAGCCGAAACCUAACCUAAGCCGAAAAUACCUGAAAAGGAACCCAAUUAAAAUUAAGGGUUGGAAAAAAGGGAGGCCCAGCCAAUCCCAGGGGACCCAACUAACUACACUAACUACGUUAAAUUAUGCCGAAUGAGAAGUUCACAGACUUCUGUCGGAAAUUUGAAAUAAGGUUCAACCAGCGUACUAUGUAGUAGUCCCUCUUGCCCAACCUACAAGGAAUUGUCUGACCUGUUGUGUUUGUCUUCCAUCAGAGUCUUCUUACUGACUCGUUCCCAGAUGAUCAUCAGAGUAAAUACAUGCAAUAAGAUGCAGCAGACAUUGGAAAGGAGUGAAGAGAAACUUGAUUUGCAGUCUCAUCUUCCCAAACAGUCCAACUCCCCACAUCUUCAUGUUUUCCUCAUCAGAAUCAAACUGGGAGGAGUCAGCCUUGACUUGUGGAGUGUAAGUUGAGAAGCAGUUGAAGUAGAAAGGUGAGUGGACAAGACUGCUGGUACUGGAAGUUCCACAAAACCUACAGGGAAUUUUCUGACCUGUUGUGACCUGUAUCGUGUCUUUAAGACUGAAGCUUAACCACCAGAGUUAGUGAAUAGACUGGACUGUUGGAAGUGGAUGUAGAUCUGAAGUGGGUGUGGAUCUGAACUGGAGGUAGUGGACUGGAUUAUCAGCCAAAAGCCAGGUAAGGCUGGUCAGAGAUUUUUCUAAAAUUGCAAAUUUAAUAGUAUUGUUUGUAUAUUAUUUCUUUAAUUCUCACGAUGUUAUAAGUAAUUUCUCUGUUUAACCUGUACCCUUUUACUAGUAAGUUAGAAGGGAGAGUUGUUUGUGUUUACCUUCGUUUUGAUAGAUAGUGUUGUUGAAUUGUGAGGAGAAGCAUCGUCUUCGUAUGAAAAAAUUUUUUUUCCUCAAAAAUGUUUUAUUUUGCUAAAUCCUUUGGCCUCAAGAGUGACCAACAUCUAAUUUCUCCUUACAAUAUCAAUAAGCAUAAAAGAAAAACUAGUAUCCAGGCUGUUUGAGUUGAGGGAAUAGCGAGGAUAAUCUGUGAAGUUACCUUUUUCUCUCACGUACUUGUUAUUGAUAUCAUGAAAAUGAGGUUCUGGGAUCAUUUACAACCCAUCAAAUUACACUUGAAGUGUCGGAUAAUGAACGUCAGUUACUUCUGCUUAAAAAUGUGAAAGGAAAAAAGUGUAGAUGUGAUCACAUUUGGUGACUUAUCGUACAUCAUGAAUUUUAUAGAAUGUGAUGGUUUUUUUCCAGAACAGAGAUAAAGGCUGAGCAGGCCAAAUUUGUAUUUCUUUAGAGAUUUCGCGAAAAGUUAAAAAGGAAAAAUUCCGCGGUCUUUUAAAGGGCUCCUCGGUAGGUGUGAAAACAAAAUCAAACAAAAUAAAACAAAAAUAUUGAUCUAACCAGUUUCUUUCUUUUACAUUUCUCUUAAAUUCUUUUUGGUUGAAAAUUCAGUGAAAAACAACAUUAUCAUGUAUUUUUCACCUAUUAUCGCUAAGCUCACUGCUUGUGGUCCAGCGGAAAUGUUUUUAGAACUUUGCGGGUGGAGCUAAAAAUUGUUAAAAUUGUGUUAUUUUUUUUCCUACGAAAAAUAAUGUUCUUUGAUAGUUAUUGAUAGACAGUGGAAAUCACGGUUGACAUAUUGAAAUAAGCUUUAACCAAAGUGUGAAUUGACUAUUAAUACUAAGCCGAGUGCAGUCAAUUCGAAUGAAAUUUUACGAGUGGUCGUUUGUCGGAUUGCGGAAAUUUUUUUAAGAACUUUACACUUGAUGAGGGAGAGUUAGUAAUUAUUUUUUACAAAACUUGGGCUGUUACUCGACGAAUAAUUAUCAGAUCUCUCCGUUAAUGUAGGACAAAACAAAAAUGCUCAGGCCAGUGUUGUUGUUGCAUGACGUUUUGAUACAAUACAUUCAAUUUCAAAGCGGAAAGUCAGGUGUAGACUUGCUUAGGGUUAGUUCUCUUUAUUAAUUUGUUUGAGGUAUAAAUGAAAUUAUAUUCAAACAGUCGUCGCUGAAAAAAAGUUCACUUUCUGAAGUCAGAUUAAUUAGCGAAGUAUUGUAAAUGAUUAUUUCCUAUUCACAAUCGGAACACGAGUUCUGUAAGUCAUUCAUUCCUUUACGCGCCAAACGCGCCGCUUUCGCGGGCCAUGUUUGCCCAGACUUUUUUCAACUUCAACCAAGUUUUUCGAAUUUUUCCACGGGAGAAACUUUUAUCCCGAAUAAAACCUACCUUUAAUUCAAAUUUCAUGUAUACUGAACAAGGAAAUGUUUUAACACUCACCUAAUUACGUUGUUUUCUCUGCACUUUGUUCUUGUUUGGUAACAACAUCUCGACGUGGCGCUAGGAAACAGAGCAAUUAAUGUUUUUUCCCCAUGAACCUGGAAGAAAAAAAAGUAUUUUACACAAAGUUAAUAAAGAAAGUUGUUUGCUGCAUACUUCAAGACAAACAAACACUUACGAACGUAAUAUUUAAAUUUUACGGUUUGAAAGUACUCGGGACUUUCUCUACACCGCACGCGAACAAUAAUGUUGCCUCAGCGUUUGAAAAGUGGAAUGAAAAUGCUUAAACACAAACCUGUGAUUCUGUAUUUUCUGUCGCUUCUUUUAAACUUCCUGCUUAGGUUCCUGAUAGUUUAGUUCAGGCAGCAAAGGUGCGAGUAAGUGAGAGAUUUAAGUGCAGUAGAAUAUUGUGCCUUGAAUUGAUUUUCAGGGAGUGAAGUUUUUGAACUACGCGCUUUGUUUUCUCCCUAGAUCAUGUGAUCUACUUUUCAUCGCUGAUUGGCCUAUUUUGUCACUUCGACGCACGUGGUUUGAUUCCAAUUUCUGAUUGGCCACAAAUCUGACUUUGAUGAGGGUUGCUUAAAGUUAUGAGUAGGGCAUCGAACGCUUCCCCGAGAAACAUCAAGGCCAGUUUUCAAACUGUUUUUUUUUGGAAGGGAACAAGGGUAACCAGCACUUCCUUUAGCGGCAUCAUGGUUACUGG